CCGGCACAAAGGAGAAGUAGAGCGCUGUCUGAGUGUGGUGCGUGCGGAGCAAAAGCCUGUGAGGCUGACAGAGAGGGAGACUAACUGAGGAAAAAGAGAGAAGUAGACACAGUGAUUCAGUCAGUUAGUAAGAGAAAGAGAAAGACAGAGGAGGGGGGACAGGAAACAGUUUGCCCUGAGGACAAACACUGAAGCACUCACAUUGUGACACACAGACAGAGAUCGGGAGCUCAGCUCAAGCUUCAGUGCUCCUGGGAAUCUGGUUUGUGGUGAGGACCUUGUGAGAGGUGGAAAGCGAGUGACAACUUUGCUGCUUCAGAACUGAGAAAGGACAAACACACAGGAUUGAGUUUUGACAGACAGAAAGGAUUUCUGUCAUGAGGACAUCUCUCAAAUGGACCUGAAUGUGGAUAUGCCAUUGUUCCUUUUGUGGACUCAGCAGCUUGUGAUGCUUGAGGACUUACUUGAAAGGGGGACACAUUUUGUGACUGAUUCAUCUGAGUAAGUAAAGCUCAGCCUGCAACUUGUGGGGGGGCAGCGUGGUGGAGAGACAGGGCAGGGGGAGGGGAGGACGCUCCAGUCUGAUGCCCCAAGAUAACUACAUCAAGACGGGGAAGGGAACCAUGUUGACCAUGUGCAGCAGUCUUCUCAAACAUGGACAGCUGUGUUGGAAAGAAACCUUUGUACCAGUGGCCUGAAUUAUCAAAUGACAGAGUGUCUUUCAGUGUAUCCUGGUUUUGAACUGUUCUGUGCUUUACUCUCCAUUCAUGUGGAUCCAUUGUGCAGGGCAGCCCUUUCAUUAUAUAGCUAUUACAUAACAGACACCCCUCAUCCCUCCACUCUUUGUCUCUCAGAAUGUACAACAAUACCAGCCCGACUGACAAUUUCACCCAGGGAUGGACUGAAAAUAAUUCAACUAACAACUCUACCUGCGACAAGAAUGAUGGUUUCAAAUACCCACUGUACAGCACUGUCUUCAGCAUUGUGUUUGUGGUGGGACUGAUCACCAAUGUUGUGGCGAUGUACAUAUUCACCUGCUCUCUGAAGCUGAGGAACGAGACCACGACCUACAUGAUGAACUUGGUCGUCUCUGACCUGCUGUUUGUCUUCACGCUUCCUCUGAGGGUCUUCUACUUCAUCAACCAGAACUGGCCUUUUGGAGGCAUGCUCUGCAAGGUCUCCGUCUCGCUGUUCUACACCAACAUGUACGGCAGCAUAUUCUUUCUCACCUGCAUUAGCGUGGAUCGCUUCCUAGCCAUUGUGCACCCAUUUCGCUCAAGGACGCUCAGGACCAAGCGCAAUGCUAAGAUAGUGUGCAUUGCUGUAUGGGUGCUUGUGCUGUCAGGUAGUCUCCCCACAGGGUUCAUGUUGGAGACCACCUCACCUGACAAAAACAAGAACAAUGCAAUUUUCUGCUUUGAGAACUUCUCCUCCAAACAGUGGAAAGCUCACCUGUCUAAGGUGGUGAUCUUCAUAGGGACAGUGGGCUUCCUUAUCCCGCUUCUACUCAACGUGUUUUGCUCUAUCAUGGUGCUGCAGACCCUGCGUCGCCCCCAAACUAUCAGUCGUGGUGGGGCGAAGCUGAACAAAAAAAAGAUCCUGCGUAUGAUAAUUGUGCACCUCUUUAUUUUUUGUUUUUGCUUCAUCCCCUACAAUGUAAACUUGGUUUUCUAUUCUCUGGUCCGCACCAAGACAUUAAAAGGCUGCUUUGUGGAGUCGGUGGUUCGAACGAUCUACCCAAUAGCCCUUUGCAUUGCUGUGUCCAACUGCUGCUUUGAUCCCAUUGUUUACUAUUUCACAUCAGAGACCAUCCAGAACUCCAUCAAAAGGAAGUCUCAGACCAACCGUUCAUAUGACGCCAAGUUCUCCGAGGCCCUGCAGUCAGAAAGCAGCUCGAACUUGCAGUGCAGUCUGAGAAACAUCAAAGCUAAAGUCUUCCACAAUGAGUCUUCAGUGUGAUAGUGAGGUCGCUACACUCAACAUGAAAGGUAUUACAUCAUUCCAUCAAAAAACAAACCUCCUUGAGACUAUGGCAAUGGAUUUUUUGGAGUGCUUCAUGACACCUGCCAAAGAGGUAUUAUAUCUUAAUCUCAGGGCAAAUGUUUGGACUUGUCAUUGACAGACUCUGCUCUGCAGUAUUACUGCUGUGUGACCUUUUGUUCACAACUGCAGAUUUCUUAUUACUACUUACUAAUUCCCCAUUUCCAGUGGAAUAUUUUGUAAUCGUGUCAAGCAGAAUUUCUCUGCAAGUGACGUGGAAGACUUACUCAAUAGUCAGACAGUUGUGAUAUUGAUUGCUAUAUGUGCCUGUAUAUUUGUACAUUUCCGUUGUAAAGUGUGGUGCUAACUUUAGAAUAGUAUCUAUUAAAUUAACAUAAAGAUAUAUCAAGCUCCAGAUUGUACUGUACAUAGGCUUUUUGAAAUUGUGAAUUGCAAAUCGGUCAUAGAGGUGCCUUUUUUGUUCUGGCACCAUUUCAUUGUAGAUGUUAUGUUUUUAUUGACCAUUAAAUGCACUGACAAAGAAUUUCACAUACUGCACUCAUGCCACAGUGAUGAAUAAAAGUCAUGUACUGU